AUGGAAAAAAUUAGUGUGUGUUUAAGAGUAAGACCACUCAAUUAAAAAGAAAUUAAUGACAACGAAAUAAUUGCUUGGGAUGGAAGUGACUCAAAAAUUUAACUAAAUAAGAUUUGUUUGAAGGACUUAAUUGCUUAAAAAAAAGUAGUCAAUAGUUUGAUUUAUGAAUUCAAUCAUUGCUACGGACAACAAGCUGACAAUUAUUACUUGUUUUCAACGUCAGUCAAACAAGUAAUUAUGCAAUCUUUAGAUGGAAUCAAUGGGACUGUCAUUAUGUAUGGAUAGACAGGGUCAGGCAAAACAUUUACAAUGUUGGGGAAGAGGAAUCAGGAGAUGUUACAAAACAACAAUAGCAACAUUUAGUAAUUAAUCAAGGAAAGUUUUGCAAAUAAUCAAUAUAACGAUGUUGGAAUUUUGAUAUAUUCGAUGAUGGAGCUAUUUAAACAGAUUAAUAUAGAUGAAAAGAGAUAGUUCGAAAUCAAAUGUAGUUAUUAUGAAAUCUACAAUGAGUUUAUUUAUGACCUCUUACGCGAAGAAAAUGAGUUAUCCGAACCACUCAUUUUUGGAACUGAUUAUCGAAAGGAAUUUGUUAUCAAGAAUAUCAAGGAAUACAAUGUUACCUCUAUUGAAGAUGUGAUUACAUGCAUUUCAAAGGGAGAAAAAAAUAGACACUAUGCAGAAACCAUAUUGAAUCAUCAAAGUAGCAGAAGCCAUACAAUCUUCAAAGUACUCAUAAGUGCUUAUUCAAAUGAAUCUGAAGAAGAAGAAAACUUCACUUUUUCUACUGAAGCAUGCAUCAAUUUCAUUGAUUUGGCUGGAAGUGAAAAAAUAUCAUCCUGUCCCAUUUCAGAUGAUGUUACUAGAAAUUCUAAUAGAAAAGACAGAAACAAAGAAAGCUCUGCAAUCAACAAGAGCUUGUUCUUUUUAACAAGAGUCAUUGCAUUAAAAACUUAGAAGGUUCCACCUCAGCACAUUCCCUAUCGCAAUUCAACAUUAACCAAAUUAUUGAAAUCAUCUCUCACAGGAAACUUCAAAACUUUAAUCUUAUUGAGUAUAAAUCCAGGAUUGAGCCAGUAUGAUCAAACACAAUCCACUCUAAGAUUUGGUACGAGUGCAAAAUUGGUUGAAUCUAAAAUUGAAUAGAAUGUCAAUUUUGAUGCUUCCUAUUCGAACAAUCAAUAGAAAUUAAAUUAGUUGAUUUAAAAAAAUAAACAAAAUGAAAAGACCAUUUCUGAUUAAUAAAAGAUUAUUGAUUCAUUAAAAUAACAAUUGCAAGCAUCAAACUAUUCAGAAAUCUUAACUAAUCUCAAAUAAUCAGAAGUUUAAUUAGCUUCUAAGCCAUCUGUAAGCUAAUUUAAUGAAACUGAUGUCUCCCUCCUAGAGAAAACUUAAGAAUUGAAUUCUCAAUUACAACAAGAAAUGGAUAAGAACAUACUUUUAGAGAAGAAUUGCACAGAACUUCAUAAGAGAUUGCAGAAAUCUAAUGAGCAAAUUCUUACAUAUUUUAAUUCUCAUAAAGAGAUGGAAUAGUAAAUAAAAGAAUUAAGACUUCAAAAUGAGAAAUACGAAAAAUUGUCAUAAAAUGCCCUCAAUAGACUUUCAUGUUAUGAAGGGUAGCCAAAUUUCAAGAAAUUUAGUUUAGAUGAACUCUAAAACUUAGAACAUCAAAUAUAAUAAUGUUUAUAGGAAAUAAAAAUAGAAAAAUAAAGAAGAAAUUCAUUUUAAUAGUUAAAUAUCGAUGCUAUGCCCCUGUUUACUUAACCAACUGAAACUUUGAGAUCUGAUAGAAGCAGUGCUAGUUAAGAUUUUCGUAGAAUAGAGGAAGAAGACUCUGUGACUAAAAGUUAAAAGAAAACUCCCAAGAAAGACGGAAAAUUAUUGCAACCUAAAAAACAAUAACAAAGUUAUUUUAAGGCUACUUCUAAUCGGUUGUCGACUCUGUCAAAUUAUGAAAAUAAAUCUCCUUUACUUAAAAAACCAAAAAAUAGAGAUGCAUAGAAUUUUGCCAAAAAAGUUCAAGAUUAGAAAAAUUAAAAACCAUCUUAAAUUCAAAAUGAAUAUAGAAGCAAAUCUAAUGAUAGCCAUUCAAAGCAGAAGGGAGCCUAAUAACCAUAGCAGGAGUAGAGUAAAUUAAAAAAUGACAUAUAAUCAUUGGCCGAUCGAUUAUAUUCAUUAUCUGAGAAGUUUUAGUUGAACAGAGAUACGAAAGUGAGUUAAGUCAGAAAAAGCACAAAUGUAAAUAGGCCUGAGAUCAUUUAUGAGACUGAAUCGGAAUUAUUAGGAGACAGUAGAUCGACUGUCCAUAAGAGCAAUCGAUCGGCUAUAAAAUGAGUUAUUAUAAAUUCAAUUCGAAAAUCACUCUAAAUAUUAAUUUAA